AUGUCCUUCCCUCACGCGACGGGCCCGAAAGAACAGGAGAUCGGAUUCCAGAAUUGGGUACGAGAGCGCUCUGUCUCCGACCCUACGCCACAGGCCAUCGCCUUCCCCCCUCGAACGCUCACUCCUCAGCGUGAAAUGCACGCUGGAGAGCCAGUCAACCAUGACAUUCGCAACGUCGAGUUCAUCGCUUCUCUGCAGUAA